AUGGAGGCCCAGCUGGAAGUCCGAGGGUCUGGGCUCCUCUCCAGGCCUGAAGCAGGACUGGCACCAGCAAUUUUUGUCAACCACAGCCUGGUGCUGGGGAAGAUUCAUUGCUUCGGCUUUGACAUGGACUACACUCUGGCUGCCUACAAAUCCCGAGCCUAUGAGACGCUGGCUUUCGCGUUGCUGCUGGAGCGCCUGGUGUGCAUCGGGUACCCGCCCGAGAUCCUGCGCUACACCUAUGGCCCCACCUUCCCCACCAGGGGGCUGGUGUUUGACAUGCUCUACGGGAAUCUGCUGAAGGUGGACCUCCACGGGAACGUGCUGCUGGGUGCCCACGGCUUCACUUUUCUCUCGGAAGCGGAGAUCUGGAGCUUCUACCCCAGCAAGUUCAUUCAGAGGGACGACCUGCAGCGCUUGCACACCCUCAACACGCUCUUCAACUUGCCUAGGGCCCAGCUGUGGCCCGGGGGUGGCUGCCUCUACCUGUAUGCCUGCCUGGUGGACUUCUCUGGCUGCUCCCACUAUACCAGCUGUGACACUGGCUAUCAGCGUGGGAACCUCUUCAUGUCCUUCCGAAGCCUCUUCCAGGAUGUGACGGAUGCCAUGAAUAACAUCCACCAGUCGGGCAGUCUCAAGGAGAAGACCCUAGAGGAUUUGGAGAAAUACGUGAAGAAGGAUGCAUGAAUCUCCAUCUUGCUGGGCAAGAUGAAGGAGGUUGGGAAAGUGUUUAUGGCUAACAGCAGCUACAACUACACCGAUAUGAGUGCCAUCAUGACCUACCUGUUUGGUGUCAGUGAGCCCGGAGCCUUGGCCAGGCCCUGGAGGUCCUACUUUGACCUGAUUGUGGUGGACACGUAGAAGCCCUGCUUAUUUGCAGAGGGGAUAGUCCUGAGACAGGUCAACACGGACUCAGGGAAGCUCCUUGUGGGCACCUAUACUGGGCCCCACCAGCACUGUGCUGUCUACUCUGGAGGCUCGUCAGACAUGGUGUGUGAGCAGCUUGGGGUGUGGCGGAAGGACAUCCUGUACAUUGGGAACCACAUCUUUGGGGACACUCUCAAGUCCAAGAAACGGCAGAGCUGGCGGACUUGCCUGGUGGUUCCUGAGCUGUCCCGGGAGCUGGGCAUCUGGGCCUGGCAGAAGCAGAGCUCAGAAGAGCCGAAGAGGUUGGACACGCACCCGGCAGACCCGUACCAGCACCUGAAUGGGAGUAGUUGUGGGCUACAAGUCAUCAACUCCACCAAGGGGGAGAUGCAGAUGCCACAUGAAUCGGCUGUGCGGCAAGAAUGGGCCGGUCUGGACUCUGCCUCCUGACUCCUCUCCUACAGCCAGGGGAUCUGGGGGCCUCCCCAUCUCCCUGACUAG